AUGUCAAUUUGGGAAAUUUUGUUCGUUGCUUUCGUAUUGUUGCUUGCCUAUGCCAUUUUCAUGGCUCUCUCGACUUUUAAUAAUUGGAGAAAAGUAAGACACAUUCCUGGAUCGUGGCAACCUUUGCAUUUAUUUAACAAAACUCCCUUCCUGAGUCCCUAUUUGUAUUGGGGAUGUCAUGAAGCAAUAGAACAACUCCGAAAAACUAUUGGAGAUCCCAAGACUCAUACUCUUCGAAUGAGUUUAUGGAGUCAUAAUAGUGUCUCCAUAUGUGACAAGGAUCUAUUGAAGGAAGUCAUGGUCAUGAAAUCUCAUGAUUUUAUCAAGCAGAAAAAAAUCUAUGCCUUAUUUAACACCUUUGGUGAGAAUAUUCUGUCAGCACUCGAAAUUCAAGGUGAUAAUUGGAAAAGACAUCAUCGUGUUGCAUCGGGUGCGUUUUCUAGUAAGAAUUUGGAAUACAUGUCACAAGUAGCAGUCAAUAGCGUCGAUUUGAUUCGUUCUGCUAAAUGGGAUAAGGACAUGGAACAAGCUUUGAAAUCAGGCAAAAAGGGAAUUCUACUCGAUGCCAAUGCUGAUUUCAGUGAUGUCACUUUGGACGUGUUAGGAAAGGCUGGAUUUGGUCUCGAUUUCUCCAUCUUUGAUGAGGUCAAUCCUGAUGGAAAAGUGUUCAGACGUUCUCUCGAAUUUAUGUUAUCCACUGGAGUCAUGUGGGGAUUCUUAUUUACCAACUUGUAUCCAGCACUAUCGUUCUUGCUGCCCUAUGUCAACAAGUGGACAGGCGUUGAAAAAUCGGUACAAGUCGUCAGUUCCACACUCGAUCGAAUUAUUUCAGAAAGAAGAAAAGAAUUGGAAUCGAACGCAAGUUCCGAAUUUUCUGCCGAUUCCACCGAAGAACGAAGAGAUUUAUUAAGUGUCAUGGUCAGUGCCAAUAUGGAACAGAAAGGAAUUCUCACCGAUGAAGAAUUGAAAUCCGAUGCAUAUGUAUUCAGUUUGGCAGGACAUGAAACCACAGCAACUGCCAUGCAAUGGGUGUGUUACGAGUUAGGAAAACGACCUGAAAUUCAAUGCAAGGCACGUGAAGAAGUGGAUCGAGUCUUGGGAAAAGGAACCAAUGCACGAAAACCUUAUUACGAUGAUUACACUCGAUUGCAUUAUGUCAAUGCUGUAAUUAUGGAAGCUCUGCGAUUACAUCCACCCGUGUUGGGAGUGUUUAGAGCAGCUCGUAAAAACACCACGAUUGGUCCCUAUUCGAUUCCAAAAGAUACCACCGUGGCCAUUGACAUUUACUCGGCCAAUCGAUCGGAGAAAAAUUGGGAGAAACCACUCGAAUUCCUACCCGAACGAUUUCCUCUCAAUGCUGAUGCUCAAUUGAAAAUUCAACACGAUUUCACGUUUAUUCCAUUUUCAAUGGGAAAUCGUAAAUGUAUUGGAUACAAAUUUGCCUUAAUUGAAGCUUGUAUGAUUUUGAGUCGAUUGUUGCAAUUUUAUGAAUUGGAAUUGUUGAAUGAUGAAUCGAAUCCAAAGGAUCGUGUGCAUGACAUUCCUGGAGUGACGGUUCGACCUGGAAAUUUAAAAGUGCUUCUCAAGCCAAGAAGUGAUUUGUAA